AUGAUUAGUGACCUGAACCACAAACUGAUUAGGCGAUUCCCCGACUUGCACCAGGAACUCGCGACAAUGCUUAUCCCCAAGGACGACCGCAAGAAGAUCCACGAGUACCUCUUCCGUGAGGGAGUGCUCGUGGCCAAGAAGGACUUCAACCUUCCCAAGCACGGUGACAUUGACACCAAGAACCUCUAUGUCAUCAAGGCCCUCCAGUCCCUGGACUCCCGUGGCUUUGUCAAGACUCAGUUCUCGUGGCAGUACUACUACUACACCCUCACCCCCGAGGGUCUGGACUACCUCCGUGAGUGGCUCCACCUCCCCGCCGAGGUUGUCCCCGCCACCCACAUCAAGCAGCAGCGUUCCCACGCUCCCCCCCGCGGUAUGAUGGGCGGUGAGGAGCAGCGCGGUGAGCGCCGUGGUCCCCGUGCUCCCCGUGAGGGCGGUUACCGCCGUCGCGAGGAGGGUGGAAAGGAGGGCGGUGCCCCCGGCGAGUUCGCUCCCUCUUUCCGUGGUGGCAUCGGCCGUGGCCGCGGUGCCGCUCCCCAGGAGUAA